AUUUAAACUGACAAAGGAAUAAGGUCAGGGAGUAUUUUGAGAUACAGAUCAAGUUGUUGGGUUUUCCGUGCAACUCUUGCGAAAGAUUUCCUAUUCGGUCAGCAUCAGAACCAGCCCAAAGUCUGAAAUCGAACAUCUCUCUCACUCUCUCCGGUCGUCUAUCUCUGUCUGGUUAUGGGUAAUUGAGAUGGUUAAACGGAAUAUGUACGGGCUCUAGUAAAAGAACCCACCUUCAGGAGAUCCAGAGACACCAGGGGUGAACCAAUUCAAGACUCAACUCAGCAGUUGCUUUGAGAGACUGAAGCGGUGGCUUUCUUUCUAGGCUUCUUCCAAGGGCCGGCCUUGAUGUUGUUACUGGGUUAUCAAAGGUACUGAUUAAAACAUAAGCAAUUUGUUGUUUUUAUGUGGAGCAUUGGCAGAGGUUUUUUGUGAUAGUUAGGGUUUUGCUGGUUCUAGGGUUUUGCAUAUUUGGAAUUUGAAGCACAGUUUAUUUUUAUUUUUUUUUGUAGUAGUUGAGGUUUUUAAGGUUGGCUUAUUUUGAAGAUUUUGGUUUGGGAGUGUAAAAUGUCUGCAAAUAGCAAUAACAUACCUGAGAAUAUUGGGGUUUCAUCCCCGUUUGGUAAUGCCGAGACUGGUUCUUCGAAUCUGCCCGCGAACCCGACUGCACAUCUCCAAUCGCAGUCCCAAUCUGGACUAGGUAACCUAGGAGGUCCCCCGCCCCCACCGAGCGACUUCAGUCGGUAUGCGCAUCAAUAUCGUCCGGGACCUGAGCGAGAUGCUGCUGCCCGGGAAUUUGCCCGCACAAGGCAAAUUUACGAUGGAUAUCUAAAAUCAAAAGAAUAUGCCGAAUCCCAAGCCAAAGCACAGAUACGGGCUCAAGCUCACGCAGCUGCCCAAGCUGAAGCAGCACAUGGGCGAUUCCGGGCUCAGUUACGAGCUCUUGGGAUGGAUAUUCCCCCCGAGGCCAACAUUGCUGGGACUGGUAGUCCGGGUGGUUCCUCUUCGCCCAUGGUUAACACACCUGGGAAUUCAAGUGCUGCUGCCCAAGCUGAAGCAAUACAGGCGCAAUUCCGGGCUCAGUUACGAGCUCUUGGGAUGUCUAUUCCCCCCGAGGCCAACAUUUCUGGGACUGGUAGUCCAGUUGGUUCCUCUUCGCCCAUGGUUAACACACCUGGGAAUUCAAGUGUGAAACGUGCUGCACCUCAGAAGCCACCUGUACGCCCGCUUGCCGUCUCAGCUACCAAUACAAUGUCGUCACCACUGAGAAAUAUGGAGCUCGCGAAUGCCGCUGCUCGUAAAAAGAAGCAGAAGCUUCCUGAGAAACAGUUGCAAGAGAGGGUCGCAGCGAUUUUGCCUGAAUCUGCUCUUUACACCCAGCUCCUUGAGUUUGAGUCUCGAGUGGAUGCUGCUUUGAUUAGAAAGAAAAUUGAUAUACAGGAGGCCAUUAAAAACCCUCCCUCGAUUCAGAAAACGCUUCGGAUCUAUGUGUUUAACACUUUUGAUAAUCAGAUUCGCACAAUUCCUAAGAAGCCGAAUGCUGACCCCCCUACUUGGACCCUCAAGAUAGUUGGAAGGAUUUUGGAAGAAGGCGUAGAUCCUGAUCAAGCUGGGAUGAUGCAGAGAUCGAGUUCCUUGUACCCAAAGUUCUCGUCUUUCUUUAAAAGAGUCACCAUUUCCUUGGAUCAGAGACUGUAUCCUGAAAACCAUAUCAUUACAUGGGAUAGUGCUCGAUCGCCCGCGCCUCAAGAGGGCUUUGAGGUCAAGAGGAUAGGGGAUAAAGAGUUUUUGGCUAGUGUGCGGUUGGAAAUGAGCUAUACACCUGAGAAAUUUAAGCUUUCACCAGCUUUAAUGGAAGUUCUUGGAAUUGAGGUCGAUACCCGCCCUAGAAUCAUAGCUGCUAUCUGGCAUUAUGUGAAGGCUAGAAAGUUGCAGAACCCAAAUGACCCUUCUCAUUUUCAUUGUGAUCCGCCGCUCCAGAGAGUAUUUGCGGAAAAAGAGAUGAAAUUCACAGCGGUAUCAUCGAAGAUAUCACAUCAUUUGUCUCCUCCACAGCCAAUACAUUUGGAGCAUAAGAUCAAGGUUCAAGGGAAUAGUCCAGCUGGGAAUGCAUGCUAUGAUGUGUUGGUGGAUGUUCCCUUUCCAAUUCAGAAAGAACUGAGUGCUUUAUUAGCUAACACAGAGAAAACCAAAGAGGUUGAAUCCUGCGAUGAAGCAAUUUGUGGUGCUAUAAGGAAGAUCCACGAGCAUCGUAAGAGAAGGGCCUUCUUUCUUGGCUUCAGCCAAUCUCCGGUGGAAUUUAUUAAUGCUUUGAUUGAAUCUCAAAGCAGGGAUCUGAAGCUUGUAGCCGGGGAAGCAAGUCGUAGUGCUGAAAAAGAGCGUCGCUCAGAAUUCUUCAAUCAAACCUGGGUUGAAGAUGCUGUUAUACGUUAUCUGAACCGCAAGCCAGUUGCAGAUGGCCCUGUAAGCACAUGAAUUAGGGGUCUUGGAACGGCUGAUGGAAACUUCCUCUGAGCUCGCAUGUACCCGUCUACUUGACAUCUCUUUUGGAAGUGCUUUGGAUACAUGUUUGACCUUUCCAUUGUUGGAUGGUGGGGAUAGUUGCUCAUGUUUAGAACAGAAUGUACUCUGUAGCCCGUUUAAGCAUUUCUCUGUUGUUACUCAGGUCCGAACAGAAUGUACUCUGUAGCCCGUUUAAGCAUUUCUCUGUUGUUACUCAGGUCCUCAGUACUGUGAUUAUGUUAAUUUUAACGAACCAGGUUUCAUAGUUUAUUCAUUUGCAA